UGUAUACGCGCACAUUAUAUGUACAUCAAUGACAGUAAUAAGUGUAGCAUAAAUGUUUGUAUUUAACGUCUUUGUUCAUUAGAAGAGCUGAAGGAUAACAGACUAACCGCCAGCAGGUCCUCCAGUAAACGGCUCUUCGUUUCCUCGGCAACCUCCGUCUGUCCGUUGAGAGCAGUCUUUAAGAUAUCUUUGUAUUUCUUCAUCUGCUGGAUGACUUGUUUCUUCGACGUUACUUUGACUCUAAACUCCUGCUGUGUGUCUUCACUCUCUACGGGCUCCAUCUUUACCGCCAACUUUGAUUACAUUUUUUAAAAGAACGUCUAACUUCCGGGUGCGACUGCAGUACGUCGUCCCCGGAAACACACACACACGUCUACAAGUCGCAGAAAAGUUCCGCCUGGCUGUUAGCGGUGUGUACAACGACAACAUGGAUAAUUAUCGCUGUUUUUUAGUGUAAUUUGCUCUCUUAACUCUUAUCAUUUUGACUUUUUCAAUGGAAUAUGGUUUCGUUGACUGCCAUUGUCAUAUAUCAGCCCGUGAGUUUGAAAAGGCCGGGGUAAAGACUCUGGUUGCAGUGACAGAAGAAGUCGGAGAGUUUGACAGAGUUCUGCAGCUGCAGGAGUGUUAUCCAGAUCUGGUGGCUCCAUGUCUGGGCCUCCACCCCCUGCAGGAGGGCGGGCAGCGCAGCGUGAAUCCUCAGGAUCUUGACGCUGCCCUGCCGCUGUUCUACAAACACAGAGAACGCCUCGUCGCUAUUGGAGAGAUCGGUUUAGACUUCACUCCGUGGUGCGCUCCCUCUCAGCGGGACAGAGAGGAUGAGACGAGCGUCUUCAUCAAACAGCUGAGUGUCGCCAAGGAGCUGCAGCUGCCUGUAAACGUCCACUCUCGAUCUGCUGCUAGAGUCACCAUAGAGACGCUGAGAGAACAAGGUAUCAGUCGAGCGCUGCUUCAUAACUUUGCAGGGAAGCCGUCGGUGGCUCUGGAGGGAGUGCAGGCUGGUUUCCUCUUCUCCUUCCCCCCCGCUGUCUGCAGGAACCACCAGAGAGACAAGCUGAUCCAGCAGAUCCCUCUGGAGCACAUCUGUCUGGAAACGGACUCUCCUGCCCUCGGGCUCGACAAGCAUGAGAGGAACGAGCCCUGUAACAUCGCUCUGUGCUGCCGGCACAUCGCUGACGUCAAAGGUCUGUCCCCACGAACCGUUCAGAUGGUCACCGCACAAAACGCACUCAGACUUUUCCCAAAAGUUAAGACUCACAUGUAAGCCUCUGAAGGGCGGGGUCGGACUGUAGGGGGCGCCAGAGGCAACUUCAUGUAGAAUAUGUUUGGAAAUGAACCUUAGCAUUUGCAUUUCUAUUGGCACGGCUGUGUGACAGAGAUAAUUUUGCAUCAAGAAGAAAUAUAUUUGUAUAUGGAACAAAACAUAUACUGUAUGUACAACACUAACUUAAUACUGACUUUAGCAGGAUGUCAUCAAAGCUUGCUAGUAUUAGCAUUUAGCUCAAUGUACAGCUACUCUGACUGGGAUUUAAUGAUCAUAUUUUGAGACAGAACGUCUAACCUGCAGGACCUGCAAUCGACCUGAAAUAAAAAGCCAAAUAUAUAGUUUACAAUCAUUAAUCCGGACUAUGAUUGGCUGCCAAAUGUCUGGGCAUUGGACAAGAGUGUUGGAGAUGCAACAUGAGCUUUAGAGUCACAGACAGAUCCUCAAGAUAAAGUAGAACACUGAAAAGCAGAGGCAUCAUUUACUUUGGGUAUUGUUUUAUUCAUUAAAGGAGUAAAUGUUGAGUUCAGGUUUUUGUUGUGUCAGCUCCCGUCGGGCUGCAGCCGCUUACACCAGUUGUGAUUCAUCUGGAGGAGACAAACUGGCGUUACAGAUUUAUAAAGUAUGACAUGAAACAACUUGAAAAAAGUGCAUGAGUUUAAUUACAACUGCUCAGUGGGGGUUUAAUCGUAGGCUGAUUUUAAAACAAGAUGAUAUGCAUAGAUUCUGGAUUUCAUGAAUCACGAGGAGCUGAAUACAGAAAAAUAAAGGAAUUCAGAAAAUGACAAAUA